UUUGUUUUCCUUUAGGACUCGAAUUCAGCGUUUAGAGAGAGUGACGGUUUAUAUAUUAUAGGCUAUAUAAAGCACCGGAUUUCUAUUUUAACAGCGUUACAUUAAGGGAUUUACUUAACGGGGCACACCUUUUUAGUAUUCUCUCCAUUGGCGUUAGAAGGCAUAUUUAGUCAACUUAAAAAACACCGAUGUUGAUGAAAAAGAGAGGUCAGGUGUGUUUGAUAGCUGCCAGUAUGAUGUCGUUAAUCUUACUCAUGAUGUUGUUAUACGGCGCCAUUGGCACCCAGCAGCCAGGCAGCUCCAGCCUCAGGCAUGACUACCAGCUGCUGGGCAGACCCCUUUACAAACUGGACCUGAGCUGGCCCAAGAGUCCAGAGCUCUUCACCGGGGAGGUCUUUGGAGUAGCUGUCGACCAGUAUGCUGGGGUGGUGUAUGUGGCACAGCGAGGUGUCAAUGUGCCCAAGGUGCUGGUUUUCACCACUGAUGGAGAUUUCCUCUUGUCCUGGAACACAACCACCUUGGAGAUGCCUCAUGGGAUAUUUGUAGCAGAUGCAGCCUCCUCAAACCCUAAUGUGUGGAUCACAGAUGUGGGGAAUGGCCCAUAUGGACACUCCAUCAAACAGUAUUCACCAUCUGGGAAGCUCCUGCAGGUACUGGGUACACUAGGGAAGGCAGGCUCUGGAUUGAACCCUCUUCAGUUUGACCAACCAGCUGAGAUUUUCGUCCACGACUCUGGGGAAAUGUAUAUUGUGGAUGGUGAUGGUGGGAUGAACAACCGCCUCAUCAAGCUGUCUAAAGAGCAGGAGGUGUUGUGGAUCCAUGGAGAGAAAGGACAAGGUCCGGCUCAAUUCUACAUCCCCCACAGUGUGACCGUGGACAACACCCAGAGGGUGUGGGUGGCUGACAGGGGCAACAAGAGGAUCCAGGUCUUCAACUCUGUCACCGGGGACUGGCUGGGGACCUGGGGGAGCUGCUUCACUGAAGAUGCACCCUACUCUGUCCGCCUGACCCCUGACAAAAAGUAUUUUGUUGUUGUCCAGCUCAACACCAAUCAGAUUUCAUUGCUGGAUGCACCACCAGUGGGUUUGAUUGGUCAGUGCAGAGUCGCUAGUGUGAUCCAGCUUGCCGAUGAUGUGAAGCCACACCUGGUAGACCUGGACCUCAAGACUGGAGCUUUGUAUGUUGCUGAGAUUGGAGCCCAGCAGGGUCAGAAGUUCACCCCCUUCAGUCUGGGUGGGAAUUUCCUUUAGAAGCACACUGAGUUGUUAAUUGAACAACUGAGAUGGUAUGUUUGAUUAGAAACUAUGCUAAUCAUAGGCAUUGCAAAUGAUACAAUUAUUUAAAAAUUGGCAGAAAAAUGUCCAUGCGUAUUAUUAUGCAAUCGUGUGAUCCAGAACAAACCUAAAACAACUGGUCAUCUGUGAACCCUACUAAUGAUGUGUGCUGACUUUUAGGCAGUGCACUGUGCUUAGUGAAAGGUUGGGCUAGUGAGCUUGUUUUCAUACUUAAAAAGUCAACAGCAACUUAAGCCAUGAAUAAGGAUUGUUUUUGGAUUAAUAAACCAAAACUUCAAUAUUUCCACCAUGCUAUAGAAGCCUGAUCCUAACUUUAUGUGGGACACGGCAACUCCUGGUCUCAGGUCCAUUUCAAAAACAGUAUUUUAUUGACAGAUUUUACAAUGUGCAAAUGUAUUAGUAAAAGAUAAAUAUAUAUAAUAAAAAUAAAUGAUCAGCAUGCAAUCACUAUUAAAGGAUCAGGAUGAAAAAAGUACGAUCAUAACAUCUCAAGUUAUAAGGAACUUGAUUUUCAAUGAGAAAACAUGCACACGUUGCUUCAGAGAGAGGCUCUUGCUUAGGGGCCCCCUGUGCCUGGUAGUCCUGUUCAGUCAUCCAUCCAGGGAUUUGACAAAACUAUUUAGAAGCAUAACUAUGUCAGGGUUUUCUCUGACUGAACAUGUGCUGGUUUAAACUUUAAUUAUAUUCAGUAUUCAAUACUACAGGGGAAUUCAACAAUAUGUACACCAGUGAUGCAAUUAGUUUAAAGAAAAUGCUGGUAUAAGGUUUUAAACCACUUCUGCUUUUAACAAAAUAAUAUGCAGGUAACGAAAAAUAGGUUUCUUCACAAUAGACAAGGGUAUCAUGAUGGUGUUUAAAAAAAACAAAACUAUUAAUAAUUGCUGUUUUAAAAAUGAAUAUAUUGUGAGGGUGAUGAGUUUUUUCUUUUUUAUUUUGUUAUGUACUAUUUUCUUGCCUUUGCAGUUUGAAAAUGUUUCCUUUAUCCACUGCAGACACUUUAAACUCCUUUGUGCAUUUUUGCCUGUUCAGCCUUUAAAGGUGCCCUAUGGUCUGUUCUUGUAAACAGACAAAACGUCUGUUUACCUUCAGUUUCUCCCCAAAAGACACUGGUUCCAGGAGGUCUAACAAACAUACUGUGUACAUUUAAUUCUUCAUAAAACAUAUGCAGAGCUGAUUUUUAAGAGUAUUUAAAUACUGCAUAAUUUACAUCCAUGUAAACUAGUUUGCAGUUUUCUUCUUCCCUGCCUUUGCAGAUGCAGUGCAGCAUGUAUUCCUGCCACCAUUGGAGGAGUAUGCACAUGUGCAUCCUCGUGCACCUCCAUAGCUCCUAGAGGUGUAAAACUCCAUGGGGAACCUUUAAGACAGAGUGUGGCUGUUUUUAAAGGUAUUUGUAUAAUUACAUGUCUAAAAUGAUAUAAGUAAAUUGCUUUAUCCACUGUUUAAUCUGUAAAUAACAUGGGAUUUGAAUGUGGUUCAUAAAGCAGUGAAUAAUUAGUGUAUAAUUAAUGUAUUCAUUCUGAAAAAUGAUUUUGCCAGUGUGGGUGUAUAGUGUCCUCUCAGUAAUUUUGAUGUACCUUAUGACUGUCUUGCACUGUACUGUAGUUCCUGUAUUACAGAAUGAUAUGUGUUUUGAGAUUAUCAUCAUUUGUUACAGUUUAACUAUGAUGGGUGACUCUGUUGCUUCUGUCACUGUGCACGUUCUGUGAAGAAAUGAAUGAUUUUGAUUUAGCUGAAGAUUUAGCGAGGUACGCAGUGAUACAAGUGGCCACUUGCCGCUCUUAGUUUAACAGCCUUUUAGCAGAGAGACAGAAAACAAGGAUUGUUAUGUAAGCACAGGAUUGUUGCUGUGGAAAAUUGUCCUCUAACGUGUGCACAUCAAGUUUGACACAUCAUUUCAGUUUAGCAGUUUUGUCGAUGACAAAAGUGAAGAAACAAUGCUAUUCCAGUUUGGGAAUUGUAGGCUUGAGUAUUUUUGGAGUAUGAUGCUUCUGCAUCUUCAAUUAUCAUGUUUUAAUCUGUAUUUUGUGAGUCCCUCAACUUAAAAACACUUUUCUGAGGGAAA